CUCUUAAUCAUUCAGACAUCUGAACCAUUAAGAGGCUGAAACAAACAGUCUGAACCAUUAAGAGGCUGAAACAAACAGUCUGAACCAUUAAGUGCUGAACCGUUCGGACAUUUAAACCAUUAAGAGGCUGAAACAAACAGCCCAGCCCCUAAUUACUGCAUGCUGUAAUUAUUGAUAGGCAACGCCGCAACUGUAUCUAUAUCUGGUUUGUUGGGAUCUCGGAACAAGAUCUCUCCCCCUCUUCUUCAACUAUUCCGCCUGCUCCGCUCCACAUCCCGCCAUUCUCCCAGAAGAGUGUUCUCGGGCAUGGAAGGCGAGGAUUUCAUCAACUUACCUGCUUGCAGUGGUUCUGAGUUUGAAUCUGAAGAUAUUGAGCAAAUUAAUAUGCUCUCUCCCAUAAGAGAAUCUAUGAUGGUUGGAGACAAUGCGAACAAUGAGGUUGUUGGAAUUGAAGGAGAUGUUGGAAGUGGAGGAGCUAGUGACAUUGAUUUGGGGAUACAUAUCUCUACUACACUUCGCGAUGGUGUUGAAUUAGCUGAAACACUUGAGGUAACAGAGAAUACGACUUUCAUAAACUCUAAGAUAUGUACAGACAAUGGCUCCAUGGCUGUUGAAGAUGAAUGCAAUAUUUCUGGCCACUUGGAAGAUGAAAAUCCUGCCAGGAGAUCGAAGAUUUGUCCCACUGGCUUAUCUGGUGUCAAGAGACCUCGAACAACUCUUGAUGAGGAUAAACCUUGUGUACACAUCGUCUAUAAUGCUCUACCAAGAGAGAGUAAACAGAAGCUCGAGGAACUAUUACAGAAGUGGUCACAAUGGCAUGCUGAACAUUGCUCUUCGAUACAAGAUCCAGCAAAAAAUAUUGAAUCUGGCAAGGAAACAUAUUUUCCUGCUCUUUUGGUCGGGUUGGAGAAGCCGUGUGCAGUGCCUUUUUGGAUGGACGACCAACCAAAGAACAAAGUAUCUGAGGAGUAUACAGCAUUAGAUACCAGCUCUGUACCUCUCUAUGACCGUACAUAUACAUUUGCUCUGACCUCAUCCGACAGUCCAAACAAAUUGGAAGGGGGAUUGGGAGUUGAUGCUUCUCGUUGUUUCAACUGCGGUUCCUAUGGCCACUCACUGAAGGAGUGCCCCAAGCCUCGUGACAAUGUUGCUGUCAAUAAUGCUCGAAAGCUACACAAGGCGAAACGUAAUCAUGGUGCUGCUUCUCGUAAUCCUACCCGCUAUUAUCAAAACUCACCAAAGGGAAAGUAUGAUGGUUUAAGACCAGGUGUCCUUGAUUGUGAAACGCGGCGGCUUUUGGGACUUGGGGAGCUUGAUCCACCUCCAUGGCUUUACAGAAUGCGGGAAAUAGGAUAUCCACCAGGCUAUCUAGACAGUGAGGAAGAUCUGCCCUCAGGGAUCACUAUAUUUGAAGAUGAGGAGGAGACCGUGGAAGAAACUGAGGAAGGAGAAAUUCAGCAUACGGGCUGUCCUGACCCACCACCACCUAAGAAGAUGAGUGUUGAAUUCCCAGGGGUAAACGCACCGAUACCAAAAGAUGCUGAUAAUUGGAUUUGGUCAGCUGCAGGUCCUUCGCCAAGUUUUAGAGCCCCAAGAGCUUCAUCACACAGCAACAGCUCUAGUAUCAGUAGGCACUAUUAUAACAGUAACCAGUCUAACCACACACCAGAAGUCAUCACAGAUAGAGCACAUUUUCUAGAACGACAGCUUUCCAGGGAUUACUAUGAACAUGAAGGGCGCAACCAUAGAUCAGAAACCAUCAACAGGAGCCUUGAAGAUGAUGGCCCCCCUGGCUGUGGGCGUGACCUUGACAUGAGCCCUUCUCUAUCUAAAAGAUUCAGAGGUUUUGAUUCCGGUUUCAGUGCCCUAACUCCAAGGGGUGGCGAUGGGGGCAGUGGUUCUUCUGGAUCAAAAGCCAGUAGCUAUGAAAGAUCCCAUUCAAGACAUCGACGGUAGAAGAAGAAGACACGAAGAACUUUUUGUGCAUUAACUAUUCACCAAUGGAUAGGUAUGUUACCAUUUCUUGUUGUCAAAGUUCUUUCAUCUGUACAUAAUUUAGAUGGGUAUAUGCGACUUCCCAUAGAUUGUGUGUGGAAAUAUUAUUUGUAUUUUGUGGGUAGUUCCCAAGUUAAGGCAGACUUGGAGGAGACUAGGGUACUUUGUUUUAAUGUUCCCUGUUUUAUAUUUGAAGGAAGAAAAAAAAAUGUUUCUGGGAGG